CCAAUCCGCAGUCGCAUGCAUCGCUGGUGGAGUGUUGCUCAGCUGUUCGGUGUUUCCAGGUGCUUGGAGGGUUGGUCUCUGUAGAGGUGCAAAUCUUUUGUGACACGGGUGGUACCACGAUUGAGGGUUCGCUUUCCUGCACCGUGUGCCCUUGUUGCGAGGUGCGGACAUGGUGUGACAGUCGAGCGCAAUGGACAUGCUGGAGCUGAGUGCCGUGGGUGCUCCGCGCGAGUUCCCUGUGCCCAGCUCGUCGUCGGAGAGCAGCCGCAGCUCCAGUGGCGCUUCAAUGAGCUGUCGCGUAUGCCUGCAGCUGCGCUCAAACUUCUUCUGCGAGGAGUGCAUUCGCAAUGGAGAUUUCACCCGUUCCCAAGUUCUGUGCCCCGAGAGGUUUGCUGAAAAGAAGCUGCGGCUUCUGACACUCCAGCGACAUAAGGCAUCUCUUGAAAAGAGCAUCCUGGAAAUGUCAGGACCCAUGCUGAAAAAGGAGGCACUGAGGGAUGCCAUACAGCGGACACGGGACCAGGUCGCCUACCUUCGCAUCGUCCUCGAGGACCUCAAGAGGCGAAGAGAAGAGGGCAAGUUUUUCCCUGGCGUAGGGGCUGGGCUUGUGGCACAUGCCAAAUGUGGUGUACCAGAUAUGCAUGGUCCUGCCAGCGUAGCUCUUGCUCGUGUAAUGCACAGAUGUGGGGAUUCUGGAGUCUUGUGCCCCCUGACAUCCCGACAGGACUCGCAACUGAAGCAGGAGCGUUUCGAGUACUGCCUGGCCGAGCAGGACGUCCUGCACGUGCAAGGCCAGUUGCACCAACGAUCGCAGCAGCUGCACGAGCUGCAGGAAUCUCUGGAGGAGAAACGUCGGCGACUUGCCGAGUGCCAGCUGCGGCGCCAGGAACUGGUGCGAGCAUAUGUGGGCGACCUCGCGCGCGACAUCUUUCCCAUUCACGAGGAGGAGCGUCCGCAACCGCUGGGGAGCAGCAUGGAGCCCAGUGGCAGCAGUAGUGCUGGAGUGACUGCAGCCGGUGGUCGGGAGCAGCAUGAACUGGAGGAAGCCCAGCAAACAGUGUACGUGCGGGGCCGCUGGGUUCACCUGGCACCCACCGAGGGAUGCUACAACCUGGUCGGGGUCCGUCUGCCCACCAGCGGGGACUACUCCCAGUACUGCCACUGGUUAGCUGAACAACAGGAACGUGCGUGGCCUGCCCCAGAGGAGCCGUGCAAUGUGGGCUACACGCUGUCGGCAGGACUCAUGUACGCAGCCCAGAUGGUGGCCGUCCUGGCAUUCUAUCUCGACGUGCCUCUGCCCCACAGCCUCUGCUACAGCCAGUUUGGUGCGCGAGACGAGAGCGAAGACGACUUCCGCAACCUGGUGGCACGACUCAACAGCAACGUGUUGCACCUGUGCGCAUCCCAGGGCCUCGAACCACCCCUGCUCCGACCCAGGACUACACUGCGCAACCUCGCCCUUCUGGUGCAGCAUCAGGGAAACAUCAGGCUGGGCCCAUUUGAGAUGAGUAGUGAUCUGUGGGCAUCACUUGAGGAGAGUCUUGGGCCCGAGUUACAGCCCAGUGACCCCGACAGUGAUGACAACGACGACUGGGAAGAUGUCACAGAAGACUCGCCCAAGGCUGACAUUCAGUGGCGGCCCAGCAGCCCCCAGCCCAGCAGCAGCCUGCUCUCCUCGGCUGCGGCUCUGGUCACGAAUUUCUGGCGGCCAAAGUGACAAAAAGUGCUUUUCUCAUCACCAUCGCACACCUGCCUGGCAUCAACCGUUAUUUAUGGCUGCUGUACCGGUUCUACUGCACAGCUGCUUGGACAGUCUUUAUUUUUUGUUUAUUUUGCUUUGUUCAUUUCACAUGUAGGGUUUAUGUUAAUACUACAUGUUGCUUAAAUAAGAGAACCAGGAAUGCACUGACUCUUCUCAUUUAUAUACUGGCUCGUUUGCACUCCAAAAGUCUGGGCACGAACCAGCCAGAACCUGUUUCAUGGUGCAUGCAGUUUAAUGCCGCAUUUGGGCAAAUUAUUUCCUGGUUUGGCUGGAACAAAUUGGAAGUGUGCGUCGACUGCCGUUUUGUCUGAACAAAUUGGAAGUACACGGCAUUUGCAACAUUACCAUACAAAAAAAAUUAUUUCACUGCCGUGAAAUGGUGGCAUCAUCUGGCAUUGUCAGUAUGAAACCAUGCACUUCCUGUGCAGACGGACUUUGCCAUUGCAGUAACGGGUCACCACUGUUGUGUUUCUGCAAAAUCUAUACUUUUUUUACUUCGUUCACUACAUAUGAUGCAUACUUGAUAUAUUUAUUGUGGGUUAAACAGGCAAGCUAUGCUCCCUAGCACGGCAUUAGACUGCAUGCACUAUGAAAUCCGACCUCCAUGCGAAGUUUUCGCACAAAAGAGCUCGUGGUUUAGCCAGGAGAGCCGAGUUAUACCUGGUACUUUUAUCGAUGCAGCAUACAGUAUUGUGUGUAUGAAUCUGAUGCGGUCAGUCUUGCACGCAUGCCUUUUCUUGUGACCAUGAAGCAUACCUGACUUCCAUCAAGUGUCAUAUUACAAUUUUUCUAGCGUACAAAUACAUGGGAUUGAAAACACUAUUGACGGGAAGAGCAGAAAGUAAGACAGCGCUAAGCUUACUACUGUUUAUUAGGCACAAAGUUUAACGGGGUGACAAAGAGCAGGAGAAGAGUCAUCUAUGCCAAGAAUGUACUGUAUUUAUCUGAAUCGAAGCCAAUAGCUUUUUUUUAAACACGACUCGCGAAACCCCAGGGUGGCGUAGAUUCAAGGAUUUCAUUGGGAGCCAUUAAGAUUUAUAAAAUGACACUCCACUCGUGCCACUGUGAACGACAUCAUGGUAGCCAUCACAAUCUGUUUGGCAGCCGGCCGUAGUGCAGGCGAAAGGACACUGGUUUGAGUGCAUGCUAAAGUUUCCUUCCUCCAUCCACGUGUCACUCCGGUCGACGGGAACCUGUGUGAAUGGGAUUUAGUGCAUGCUGUGCAAGCUUGCGUGGGCCAAGUUGUCAUGGCCCGUGACGACAUCUCAGGAGACCUGAUUAGACUUGCAUUGAGAAAGUGCUGCAUUUUGAACGCACUUCGUGGCACUGAAGAUUGUGUGCUGUCUGAAGUGGCAAGUGAGCUUGGUCUAUUUCAAUGCUCACACCAGAUGCUGGUAUUAAAUGCUAUUUGCAUCAUGUGGCUGUUCACUAUUUAUCUCGGCCAGCUCGCAUUUGAGGAAAGUUCUCUUUUUUAUUGCGAUAGCAAUUAUAUGGACACUCCAAAGCAGAUUUCUGCCGUCGGCGUCGCCGUCGCCGUUGCCGUGAGGUUCCGUAUGACGUCAAUGGAGAUGAAAUCGUCGCCGCGCGCCGCCGAACGCUGUAUGUGCGA